AUGACGAAACCUGAUGUCUCCUCUUGUCUCCUCUCAUGUCUCUUUGUCUUUGCCUCGCUUGUGAGUUUUGCCGCAGCAGCCGACAAUGAACAAGACAAACAGGUGUAUAUAGUAUACAUGGGUGCACUCCCUGCUCGUGUUGAUUACAUGCCAAUGUCCCAUCACGCUAGUAUUCUUCAAGAUGUCAUAGGCGAAAGUUCGAUCGAGGAUCGUUUGGUUAGGACUUAUAAAAGGAGUUUCAACGGAUUCGCUGCUCGGCUAACCGAAUCCGAAAGAGAGAUACUAGCAAGUAUGGACGAAGUUGUGUCUGUGUUUCCUAGCAAGAAACUGAAGCUCCAAACAACGUCGUCGUGGAGUUUCAUGGGCCUCAAAGAAGGCAAAAGGGCAAGACGAAACAAUCUCAUAGAGAGCGAUACAAUCAUCGGUGUUAUCGAUAGUGGAGUCUACCCUGAAUCGGAGAGCUUCAGCGGCAAAGGCUUUGGUCCUCCUCCUAAGAAAUGGAAAGGUGUUUGUGAAGGUGGCAAGAACUUCACUUGCAACAACAAGCUUAUUGGAGCACGGUACUACACACAGUAUCCUGACUCAGCAAGGGACCUCAUGGGACAUGGAUCGCACACAGCAUCCACGGCAGCUGGAAACGCUGUGAAGCACGUGAGCUUUUACGGACUCGGUAAUGGAACCGCGAGAGGUGGCGUUCCAGCUGCAAGAAUAGCGGUUUAUAAAGUAUGUAACCCUGGCGCCAGUGGGUGCACCACUGACGGGAUUCUAGCCGCGUUUGACGAUGCCAUAGCGGACAAGGUAGACCUCAUUUCCAUCUCCAUCGGUGGGGAUAACGGUUCGCCAUUCGAGGCUGACCCGAUUGCGAUCGGGGCUUUCCAUGCUAUGGGGAAGGGAAUCCUCACAGUGAAUUCCGCAGGAAACAGUGGUCCAGAACCUAGCUCAGUCGCAAGCGUUGCGCCUUGGAUCUUCACUGUUGCUGCUAGUAAUACAAACCGCGCGUUUGUCACCAAGAUUGUUCUAGGAAACGGCAAGACAAUUGGAAGAUCAGUGAAUACGUUUGAUCUUAACGGAACCAAGUACCCUAUAGUACAUGGAAAAUCAGCUACAAGUACUUGUAGUGAUGAUGCCGCCAGGCUCUGCUCACCAGGAUGUCUAGACAGUAAACUUGUGAAAGGAAAGAUUGUGUUAUGCGAUUCAGUGCAAAAUCCUGAAGUAGCUAAAGAUAUGGGAGCCGUUGCAUCCAUUGUUAAGAGCCAAUACGCAGAGGUUGCAAUGAUCUUCUCUUUUCCAGUCUCUGUUCUAUCGGAGAAAAAAUACAACACUCUUCUCUCCUAUGUGAACUCAACAAAGAACCCUAAAGCAGCUGUUCUGAGAAGUGAGACUAUCUUUAAUCAGAGAGCUCCCAUUGUUGCUUCCUACUCUUCUCGUGGUCCAAACACAAUCAUUCCUGAUAUUUUGAAGCCAGAUAUAACAGCGCCUGGAUCAGAGAUCAUCGCUGCUUAUUCUCCUGAUGUACCACCAAGCUUAUCAGACACAAGACAUGUAAAGUACUCUGUUGAAACCGGAACUUCAAUGUCUUGUCCGCAUGUUGCUGGUGUAGCCGCAUACCUAAAAACGUUUCACCCACGCUGGUCUCCUUCCAUGAUUCAGUCUGCCAUCAUGACUACCGCUUGGCCAAUGAAUGCAUCUACUUCUCCAUUUAAUCAGAUGGCUGAGUUUGCUUACGGAGCAGGCCAUGUCGAUCCGAUAGCUGCAAUUCAUCCUGGACUCGUUUAUGAAGCUAGUAAAUCCGACCACAUUGCCUUUCUCUGUGGCUUGAACUACACUGGAAAGAAACUAAGACUCAUCUCCGGUGAUGGCAGCAUUUGCACUAAAGAACAAACUAAAUCGUUACCCCGAAACCUAAACUAUCCUUCGAUGACUGCUCAAGUCUCGGCGUCAAAGCCGUUCAAGCUGACUUUCUAUAGAACAGUCACUAACGUUCGUAAAGGUAAGGCAGCCACUUACAAAGCAAAGGUAGUGGGAUCUAAACUUAAAGUCAAGGUGGUUCCAGAAGUCUUGUUUAUGAAGUCUGUGCACGAGAAGAAGUCCUUCACGGUGACUGUUUCAGGGACAGGUCCCGAAGCUGACAAUCUUGUGUCCGCACACCUGAUAUGGUCUGAUGGUGUCCACUCUGUGAGAAGCCCCAUUGUUGUUUAUGCUGCGAACUGA